AUGGAUCCAAAUGUUUCCUCGAAUUCGGUCAGUAUUUGUUCCGCUUGGCUGAUGUUAGAUAUCGUCAGAACGAUGUCAUCAGCUAAACGCAGAUGGUGUAGCUUUCGACCACCAACCUUAACUCCUACCUCGUUCUAUUCCACCGUCUGCAUUGCGUUCCCGAGUGUGCUCGUGCAUGUUAUAGAAUGUCCAAGAGGAUGGACGCGUUAUGAUCGCUCAAAAGCAUGUUUCCUUGUCCUCCCACAGAGGUUACGAUGGGCAGAAGCUGAACGGGCAUGCGGUAAAUCAGGAGGACGACUAGCGUCGAUUACGGAUGAAUACGAGAAUGCAUUUGUUUUCAAUCUGGCGAAAAAAGCAAACCUAACAACUCCAACCGUUUGGCUUGGUCGUUUGGUACGACUUGCACGUACUGGUGCCUAUGAAUGGCAUGACGGCGCUAUUGGACGACAAGCGGAUGGCUUCAGAGGUGAGCCACCAUCUGGCACGGACCUCUGUCUGACGAUGUGGUUGGAUUUCGAUCGUCCGGAAGGAUCGUGGAACGAAUGGGAUUGCGGCUAUGCCACCGGUUACUCGGCGCUGUGCAAGAAAAGUCUUAAAAAAUCGGUUUUUGCAGUUUCCACUCCAACUCCAACUGAUCCAACGGCAGGUCAUCUAUCACAGCGUUGUUGUGUUCAACCGGGAUGUGGAAAACGUUGCUCUGCCAAUGAAAGAUGCAUACCGGACGAUUUGAAUUGCUGGUGGCGAACGUGCUCAGAUUAUGGAUUAGGUCCAUGCAACGGUGCGAUGAGCUCGGCGGCAGCUCUGCUGCCCGGGGCGUGGCCGAGUUCCCGAGCAUACGGUAGCGGCGCGGCGAGCGGCAGCUGGCUGCAUAUCAAACCCGCACGAUUUCUCAACGCUACAGACGGAACAAGCUCAGACGUUGUGACGCCAUCGGUCUGGUCAAUACUUCCGGACACUUCAAAAGAUAUGCCGGCGCCUACAGGUCUUGUCGCUAUCACCGAUCCUACAGCUGCAUUCGGACAAAAUCCGUACUAUAAUAGCGGUUACGGUGCAGCCGGAUAUGGUGUCUAUGGUGGAACUACAGCCACCGCCUCCUACUAUCAACAGGUCGCGACUGGCCUCCGAGCACAAAACGCCUCAUUCCCCUAUGGAAUCGGCACAGCGACCCCGUCAGCGUAUUACGGGAGUUCCUAUCCGACGAGUUUUGACUAUUCCGCAUACAACCCGCAAUAUUAUAAUGGAAUGCGAGCCGGCUACUACGGUAAUGCACUAGCGGCGGGAGCGACAGCGUAUACGGGAUCAGCGCUAUCCUCGGAUACUUCAUCGGAACUUUCGGCAUUCUCACUGAAAUGCGAUAAAAAAGCUGGAAAAGCAGCAAAAAAGAAGAAAACAGGCUCAUGUUCGCCGAGUGAUGCACAUUUUGCUAGGGUUUUCAUUUGGGAGUUGGACGAUAUCUGUACCUUAUCCACAGCAUCCUUAAAUGGUGUAAUUCAUAAGGCACCACAAUAUUCACGGGCCAUCGCACUGCUCCAGAAUCUCGCCACAAGAGUAGUCGCACUUUCCUUCCCAUCAGAUCAACUCGAUGAAUGUGAAUUAUGCAAUGUGGAAGAUGCUGCAUUAGAGGAUAGCCUUAACGAUGGAGCGCUUGUUGAUGGACGAGGUGGAGUGGAAAUGAUGCGACGAUUAGCCAGCAAAUACCUCGCACUACGACAAUUAUAUGUUGAAUGUGCCCUGAAACCUGAAGUUCAAGGAUGCAACUACACGCUAGUGGAACGAUGUGGUAUGACAUCACAGAAGGAAGAAAUUAAUGAAGCAUGUAGACAGGUUGAAUUAUUGUUCGGCGGUAGAACCGAGGCAGCUAGACGAUGCUUAGAAGUGGUAGCACAAAGAACAGCUGUUUCCUCCGAAAAAUAUGCGAAUGUUGUGGUUUGCGCGGAUCCUCUGGUAGCAGCAGUUGCUCAGUUACUACUGGCAGGACUUGCACCAGCAGUGCCCAUAGAGAACAUUUACAGUACCAGUAAAGCAGGGAGGGAAGCUGUGUUGGAUCGAAUCCAGAACAGAUUUGGCAAAAAAUGCAGCUACGUUGUGAUUACAUCUAACCCAGACACUAACAAUAUUGCACGAAAGGAAUCGAUCCCCGUCUGGCCUAUCGUCACCACGGACGACUUCGAGAAGCUGUACACAGCACAAUCGAACUACCUUCUCGGCAGCAUCUAA